AUGGCUAAGGAUAUUGAAGAAUAUUUUAUUAAAAGACUUUAAUCUUAUCUUCUAGAAUAUUUGUAAGAUUUCUCUUAAAAUAACAUGGCUAAAGUAAUAAGUUCCUUAUUUUAAAGUUUUCUUUAGGAAUUUCGUCAAAUAUAGUAUUGAAGAAUUUGUGCAUCAAAAAAUAAGCAUUACUAAAUUUCAAAUUCCCAUUAUAUAUAAUAGAUGGAAAAAUCGAUUAGAUCACCCUUAAUGUAAGUUUCAUUAAUAUUAUUGUUUAAAGAUGCCUUUAAAUUACAAAAAAUAACAACCAGAAAUUAUAAUAGAUGGAAUUGAUCUUCUUGUUUGUACUAUUUAAGAAGCUAAUAAAUUUGCAAAUAACAAGGAUCAUCAGACUUAAGGAAUUGAAAAUUUAAAGAAACAUAAACUUAAAUUGUGGGAAGAAUAAAUGGCAAAAUAUUUCGAAAAAUUAUCUCCACCAAAUUGGAUAUAAAAAAUAGUAGAUGGAAUAUACAAUAAUUUAACUAUAACUAUUAAGUAGUUUAAUUUUAGAUUUUUUAAUCAUUCAAUUUUUGGUUAUGAAACAAUCUUAAGAAUAAAAUUUGAUGCUUAAAUAAAAGCAACUGAUAAGGACUUUAAAUAAUUAUUCAAUAAUGAUCUUAAUUGCACAUAUAAAUUGAUUGAAAUUAAAAAAUUGAGUAUCUCUUUUAAAAAUGACCUUUUUAAUAAAUUGUAAAAAAAAGAAGAUUAAAUGAUAUUAACACCUAUAGAUAUUGAAAUUAAAUAUAUGAUAAAUAGAAAUUAUGAAUAGUUAACUCAACCAAUCUAAAUAUUAUAAAUAUUGAUAAAAUCUCCUAUAAUAAUUUAAUUGAAUAAGAAUUAAAAAGAUUAUUUAAUUAAAUUGAAUGAAACCCUUUAAUGUUAAGAAGUGAUUUAAGAUAAUUUUCAUCUUAGACCAAUUAAGGAGAUUUAAAAGGCCUCUUAUUCAGAAUGGUGGAAAUAUUUAAUUAAAUCUACCAUUCUUAAAUAAAAGAUUAAAAAAUUAGAUUUAAGUUAUUCUUCAAAAAAAUUAGUUUUAAUGAAACGAUAUAUUGAAUUAUAUAAAAGAAAAUAAACUAUAAUUUUAGUUCCAUGGUUAUCAUCUUGGACAACAAAAGAUGAAUCUAAAAUAGCAAAAUGUGAAGAUGAAUUAUCAUUGAAAGAUCUAUUAAAAUAUAGAGAAUGGGCAUUUUAGGAAAUAAGAAUAGAAGCUAAAAGAUAUUAUAACUCAUCUAAGGAUGGCUAAAAUAAAUAAAGUGUUAAACCUUUAUUAGAAAUUUGGACAAAUACAAUAAAUAAUCAAAAUUCAUUUAAAGAUCAUACUAAAAGGAAUGAUGAUAUUCCUAUUGAAUUAGAAUUAGAUGAAAAAAUUAGUUUAUAUGAAAUUUUAGAAAGAGAUAAAACUAAUGUUUUAUAAAGUUAUUUAAAGGGAGAAAAUAAUCAUCCUGAUUAAAUUAAAAUAUAAUUUACUUUAGAAAUUCAUUCUAUUUUCAUAUUAUUAUUUGAAUAAAGAAUAAGUAAUUAUGUUAAAUACACACCUGAAAAUACAAAGAUUUUUUAAUUUUGUUAGUGUAAAUAUCAUAUUCGUUUGUUAAAAUAGACGAAUUAUUCUAGAAAAAAAUCAAGAUAAUCAUCUUAUAAUAAUAGUUUUAAUUAAGUUUAUUAAGAAACAUAGAAAAUAAAUGAAGAUAAAUCAUUUUAAACUGCUAAAAUAGUUGAUAGUUUUUAUGAAGAUAUUGAAGAUUUAAAUGGAGUAGGAUCAAUUAUUUCAUAAUCAUCUAAUAGUUCUGAUUAAUGUAAUAGUUUUGAAUUAAAGUAAACAAAUGAUUAAUUAUAUCAUCAAAAGUUUGUUCUAAUGAUCAAUUUUAUUGGUAUAAGGGUUCCUUUAUAUAUUUAUUAAAAUGGAACUAUUUAAACACCUUCUAUUAAGAAAUCAAAAGAUAUUUAAUAUAGAAUGUAUAUUGGUGAUAUUAGAAUUAUAGCUCCAGGUAUGUUAUUAAAAGUUAUGGAAGAACAAGAUUCUUUAAUAAACAUAUAAUCACCUUUAGUUUCUGGUAUAAAUUAAUAAGCAUCUCAUUUGAAGCAUUUAUCAUCAUUAUAAAUUCAAUAAUAAUAAUAAACUAAUAUUCAUAAGAAAAAAUCUUAGAUUAAAUAUUCUGAUUUCUUUAAUGAAAUUUUUGAGAUUUCAAUUACUAAUGAUUCUUAACAAUUUUUAAAUAGUGAACUCUGUUAUUAAUUGUUAGGAGAAUUUUUAAAAUAGAAUUUAAUGGGAAAUGUAAAAUCGUUUUUAGAUGAAUAUGAAAAGGAUAAGAAUAACUUUUAAGAUUUUACAUUGGAAUAAUAUAAGUCAUAUAAUAAAUAUUUUGAUGAUAGACAAGAAUAAGAAGAUUAUUGUUUUAUUCAUAUAUCUAGAUAACAAUAUGUAGAAAAAAAAUGGGAAUUAAUAAGAAAUGCUGCAAUAUCUUCUUCUGAAAAAGAUAAAAAUAACCAUUGGGUUUAAUGUGAUAAUAAUGAUAAAAGCUUAUUUAUAUAAAAUGCUCAUAGCAAAUUAAUUGAAAUUAUAAGAAGAGUUUUGUUUAUUCCAUUUAUAGAAGAAUAUGGUGAAAUACUUCUUCCAAUUUGUAUUUAAAAUUUAAAAGAAAAAUUAACUUUUCCAACAAUUUAAUCAUUGAAAGAAUAAGAUAUUUGCACAGUUACAAUUUGUUUAUCUUUAUCAGGUGAAUAAUCUGAAUAUAGGAUUGUUUCUAAUAAUCAUAAACAUAAAGGAAUAUAGAAGGAUAAAACUAUACCUAUUUAAUAAGCUCCAUUAAAUGAAAUAAUUAUUUUAUUUAAACCUUUUUAAACUUUGAUAUCUACUAAAACUGUUUCUUCUAUUCUAAAUUUUAUUAAAUAUGAAAAAUAAGAAAUAUUUUAGUCUCCAUCAUAUAAAUAAUGCAAAGCAGAUCAAAAAUUACUUGAAUGUGUUGUUAAAAGUAAACCUUUAAAUAAAGAGAUGUAAAAUAAAAAUUAAUGGAAAUUUUCUUUAUAAAUGGAAGGCAAACAAAAAAUAAAAAUAGUAUCUGAUUCAAUAUCUGGAAAGAUUAAGACAGAAUUAAAGAUUCAAUUUAAAAAUCUUAACAUUCAAACAGUAAAUUUGGAUGAUAAAGAAUAUUAAAAUUAUUUAACAGAAUUUUAUUAAUCAAAUAAAGAUGCAUUCAUCCUUUAAUAGAGAUAUUAUUUUAUAAAGAAAGUCUCAAUAGAAUAAAUAUUAAUUGGUCAUAAAUAUUUUUCAAUAGAUUACAAAUAUUAUAAUGAAGAAAUGAGAAAUUAUGAAAAACAAAUACAAUUAUUUAAAAAUGGUAAAGAAUAAUUAAACUCUCCUUCUUCUCAUUAAAAAAAUACAAAUUAAUAAAGGUAAUUUUAAUUUAGUCAUUAAAUUAAACAUUCAGCAACAUUAAAUUAAGAUUAAAAAAUAUAAUAAAAUUAACCAAAAAAUAAAAUAUCUGGAAUAAAAUCAUAUAUAUUGAAAUCUUAGUUCAUUUUAUUUUAAUUAGACUCUCUAAUUAAAAAUCAUCCAUUAUUGACUGAUAAAAAGAUUUAUAUUUAAUUUCCAUGGUUAGAUUUAUAAAUAAAUGAUUCAUAGAUUUGUUUUAUUGAGCUAUUAAUGAUUUUAAAUAAAAGUUUUGAUAAAGGAAAAUAAUAAAAGUUUAUGGAAAAUAAAUAUUCUAUGAGUAAGGAUAGUUUAAUAAGAGCAGAAUUAUAAUUAUUAUUAAAUGAGCAUAAAAAACAAAAGAAGGAUUGUAAACAUUGUAUAAUAAAAUAUAGAAAGAGUAUUUAUUUAAGUAAUAUUAUAUUUGGAGUAAUGCCAAAAAUGAAUAAUGAUAUUAAUUUAUUUACAUUAUUUGAAAUAGAGAAUAAAUUGAUAGAUCAAAAGAAAAUAAAAGAUCGAUUUAAAUCUCUAUAAUAAUAAUAAUUAAAAGAAAAGAAAAGAAUUGAUGGAAUUAGAAUCUAAUUUUCUAGUACUCCAAAAUCUAGAAACAGUAUUUGUUAUAUUACACUUAUUGAAAUGCCUUUAUUUAUAAUUACUCAUGAUAAAGGAUAUUUUAAAGAUACUAUUGCUAUUCAUUGUUAAAAAACACCUUAAAGUAGUGAUGCAUCUCAUUAAAAUAGUAUGUAUAAAUUAGAAUAAGUUUCUAUUUAACAUCCUCAAUUAGAGAGAAAUAAAUCUCUUAAAUAAAUGAGAUCAAAAUAAUAAUCAUUUGAAUAAUACUCUUAAGAUGAAAUAGAUGAAAGAAAUUCUGAUAUUAAUUAUAUUAUUUUCUAACCAUCAUUAUUAGUUCAAAAUUCUCAUCUAUUAAGUGACAAACUAGAUGAUAAAUUUAUUUUUUAUUGUAGAAAUCAAGAAAAAGAAAUGUUUAAUUAAGAAUUUAUCAUAUAUGAUGAUAAAGAAAAAGAUUUAAUGUAAUAAUCAAACAAUUUAUCAUCUAUCUAUUAUUAAACUCCAAUUUAUUUACUUUAUUAUUGUAAUCGACCUUUAAAGUCUUAAAUGCUUUCAUGUGUAAUUGAUGAUUAUUAAACAGAUAAAAAUUCUAAAAUUAAACUUUUUUUUGGAAUUGAUAAUAUUAAAGUUAUUUUUACUAAUUAAUUUGCCACUAAUAAUCUUAUUACUAUAAUCAAAAAUAUUUUAACAAUUAAGAAUAUUUAAGAAAAUGCUUAUAAUUUAAUUAAUAAAGAUCUUAUAAAAUAAUAAAGAGAAAAAUUACAAUUUAAAUAAAAUCCAUUAAAACUUCUUGAUGACUUAAUUGUUUGUGCUCUUAUUUAAAAUAUUUAUUUAUAAUCUAAUGAAACUUUCUUUAAAUUAAGUUAAUUAAGAGCCUUCAUUUAGGUUAAUUUAAUGGGAAAUAUUAAAGGAAAUUCUCUUUUAAAAAGAAGUUCCUAGUCAUAAAAAAAUCGAUAAUCUGUAAUAUCUAAUGAAGAAGAUUAAGUUAUAAGAUGUAAUUUUAUUAAAUUUAAUUUUAACUAAGUAUCAUAAGUUGAUAUCAAAACUAUAAUUGUUAAAAAAUAAAAGGAAGAACUUCGUUUAUCAGUUGAUGAAAUUUAAAUAAGUAUUAUGGGAAGGUAAAAAGAAAAUCUAUUAGUUAUGCCUGGAAAAGAAACAGGUACUUCAUAUGCUUUACAUAUUACUUUAUUAUUUUAAAAUUCAUAUCCUAUUAUAAAAUUGUAAAUUGAAUAGGCAAAAAUAAUUCUUUCUUAAUAAAAAAUUUAAGAUUUAUUAAUAGCUAUCAAUAGUUUCUAUUUAAUCAAUAUUGAAGAAUCAAUAUCUUUAAAGUAACACCUAUUAAAAUUUAUUUUUUUACAAGAACUUUUUAUUAAUGAAUAUAGAGAAAAAUCUUUUGCUAUUAAUUUAUUUGCAAAAAAUCCUAACAAUUAAAAAACACCUUAUAAGUAUGCUAUUGAAUUAUAUGUUGAUUCCUUAAUUAUUAAAUUAUAAGAUUUAGAAUAAGAUUUUUUUGCCUUUUAAUUUCAUCAAAUAUAAAUCAAGAAAAAAAACCAAACUAAUUUAGAAUUAUCACUAUCUUAAAUUGAAAUGAAACCUCAUAAUAUUAAUAAUGAAUAAAUUUUAUAUUAAAAUUUAAUAGAACCUAUUGAUAAUUAAUAACCUUUUAUUUUUAAAUUAGAAAAUUAAGUAUUAUACAUUAAAAAUGUUAAAUUCUAUUUAAUUUCAAGAUAUAUUAAGGAAUUAGAAGCAUUUUAAUAAAGAAUCGAAGAAAUUUUAGAAAAAAACUUAGAUGAAUUGAAGGAGAAAUACUAAAAGGAUUUUGAUUUAUAAUUACAAAUAAAAUAGGAAGAAGAUUUUCUUAAAGAAAAGGAUAAUUUUAAUUACAAAAUAUCAAUCUAAAAUUCAUAAUUAAUAAUACCAGAAACUUCUUUAGGUUCAAAUCAAAUUAUUAUUAAAUUUGACAAAGCAAGCUUAAAAUUAAAAAAGUAAAAAAUAAACCUAAGGAUGCCUGAUUUUAUAGAUGAUUUAUUAUUCGAAUCUAAUAAUGAAAAUUUAUUGAUUGAUUAUUAAGAAAAAAAUUAAGGGGAUGGAGAAUUUUUUGUAGUUAAUAUAAAUGGAAACUUUGAUAAUGUAUAAGUGAAUUAUUGGUUUUCUGAAGGUUUAAACAAUGGUUAAUUAUUAUUUGCAGGUAAGAUAAUUAUUUAUUUAUAGAUAAAAUUUAACCGAUUAUUGAUUUUCCUAGUUUUGAUUAAAAAUGUGGUUAAAUUCCUUGGAAAUUUAAAGAUGCUUACAAACUAAUUGUGUAUAAUUUAAAAAUGUCACUUGAUUUUGGCAAAUUACUAAAAUUAUAAAGUUUAUUAAAUAAAAAUAUAGAUGAGAAAUCUCCUUUAUUUAAAUUUAAUAGAUCUUUAUUAUAAAAAGUGAAUUUUGAAGUAAAGAAUAUAUUUAAUUAUAGAUAAAAUUGAUAGAAAGUUCUUUUUCAUUUACUAGAUUUAAUUAAGGAGAACCAGAAAAGCUAAUUUAAAUUAAGGAACAGGCUAAAGUAUAUAAAUAGAAGGCAAGAUUAAGUAAAAACUUUUCAACUCAUUAAUCAUCAAAAAGAGAAUCAAUGUCAUGA